UGUGAGGGUGAGGAUGACCAAAACGAGAGUGCCAAGUUGCAAAUGGAACACUUCGGCUUAGGAAUGCCUCGCUUGUGUGGAGACAUUAACAGGGCAUUAGAACCACCAUCAACAAACUCCUAUUGUGAAAGCGAACAAAUGGACACCAAUAUCUCUAGAUUAAGAACUGAUAUUGAAGCCCGUUAG